AUGACCUCGCCGUUCGUUGCAGUUGCUGGCGCCGCCGGUGGCCUGGGUCAGCUCGUUGUCAUGGAGCUGAUCAAACGAGGCAUGGCCGUGAAGGCGCUUGUUCGCCCAAAUACCGACCCAUCCCGCACCGAAAAGCUUCGAGGCGCCAACGUUACUAUCACUCCUGUUGAUCUCUCUUCGAUACCAGCUCUCACUCGCGAACUGACUGGAGCAAUGUGUGUCGUCUCUACGCUCCAGGGCUUGAGGGAUGUUAUCCACACCGUCCAGGGCAAACUCCUCGAGGCCUCUGUGGCUGCUAAGGUACCAAAAUUCAUCCCUUCCGACUUUUCCCUCGACUUCACCAAGACAAAACCUGGAUCCAACCGCAACUUGGAUCUACGCCGUGAGUUCCACGGCCAGUUGAAAAAGUCGGGCAUUGCAUGGACAAGUAUACUCAACGGUGGCUUUAUGGAUCUCAUGGUUGGCGACUCACCGAUGAUCAACCAUAAAAGCCGGAAGGUUGCGUACAUCGGUUCGACGACGCAAUUGCUCGACUUCACUACCAUGGCUGACACGGCUGCUUACACGGCUGCUGUCGCUGUAGACCCGAAGCCUGCACCCAAUUUCCUCCGCAUUGCUAGUGAUGUCGUCAAUGUGAAGGACAUUGCCGAGGCACAGACCAAUGUGGAAGGACCACGAUACAAGGCCUCAUGGAUGGGCUCCAUCGGCUCCGCAGAGUUCAUGAUUCGAGUCUUGCGUCUUUUAGGGGGUGAGAACGAGACGUUUCCUGCUUGGCAGGGCAUGCAAUACAUGGCAAACAUGUUCUCUGGUGCUGGGAAACUCGAGCCGCUGGAUAACAACCGAUAUCCCGAGCUCACUUGGACGAAGAUUGAGGAUUUCUUCCGAGAACACAAGAAUAAGAAGUGA